GUGUCACAGUCCACGCUUUCCUCGUUUCUACGGACCUCCUGUCUCUCAUCUCUCUAGCUUCUAACUGUCACUUCAGCUGAAUUUCAUUCUUCAGCCUGAUGUCACAUGUGAGAGUUCAGAAGUUCCCAAUCAAUUACAAGUCCUUGGGAGCCAGGAAGCUCACUUAACUAGGCAUUCCCGUGAUGUGGCUGUUUUUAACAACAACCUGCUUGAUGUAUGGAACUUUAAAUGCUAACGGAUUCUUUAAUUUGGAAAAUGAAGCAAAUCCAGAAGUGUGGAUGAAUAUCAGUGAAAUCAUCACCUACAAUGGCUACCCCAGUGAAGAGUAUGAAGUCACCACUCAGGACGGGUACAUACUCAGCAUCAACAGAAUUCCCCACGGGCAAAGCAACACCAAGAGCACAGGUUCCCGGCCAGUUGUGUACAUGCAGCAUGCCCUGUUUGCAGACAAUGCCUACUGGCUUGAGAAUUAUGCCAAUGGCAGCCUUGGAUUCCUUUUAGCAGAUGCAGGUUACGACGUCUGGAUGGGAAACAGUAGGGGGAACACUUGGUCGCGAAGACACAAAACACUCUCUGUCACUGAAGAGAAAUUCUGGGCCUUUAGUUUUGAUGAAAUGGCCAAAUAUGAUCUCCAGGGAAUAGUAGACUUCAUUGUGAACAAAACCGGUCAGGAGAAGUUGUAUUUUGUUGGACAUUCACUUGGCACUACAAUAGGGUUUGCAGCCUUUUCCACCAUGCCUGAACUGGCACAAAGAAUCAAAAUGUAUUUUGCCUUGGGUCCUUUCUUCUCAUUCAAAUAUCCCUCGGGCAUUUUUACCAGGUUGUUUCUACUUCCAAAUUCCAUAAUCAAGCGUUUUUUUGGUACCAAAGGUUGCUUUUUAGAAGAUAAGAAAGGAAAGGUGCUUAUUGCCAGAAUCUGCAACAAUAAAGUAUUAUGGGUGAUAUGUAGAGAAUUUAUGUCCUUAUGGGCUGGAUGGAACAAGAAAAACAUGAAUAUGAGUCGAAUGGACGUGUAUAUGUCACAUACUCCCACUGGAUCUUCAAUACAGAAUAUCUUGCAUAUAAAACAGCUUUACCAAUCUGAUGAGUUCAGAGCUUAUGACUGGGGAAGUGAAGCUGAGAACAUGCAUCACUACAAUCAGAGUCACCCCCCUAUAUAUGACUUGACUGCCAUGAAAGUGCCUACUGCUAUUUGGGCUGGUGGAAAUGAUGUCCUUGUGACACCCCAAGAUGUGGCCAGGAUACUCCCCCAAAUCAGGAAUCUCCAUUACUUCAAGCUAUUGCCAGACUGGAACCAUUUUGAUUUCAUCUGGGGCCUCGAUGCUCCUCAACGGGUGUAUAGUAAAAUCAUAGAUUUGAUGAAGUCAUAUCCCUGUAAGUACAAUACAUCCACUUUGCAGUGAAAAGUUGCUUCUAAGACCAUAAGAGCCUUCAGGAAAAAUACUAAUCAACACUGAGGUGUACUCUGGCAUCCUUCACCUUGUUGCUGUUGCUGAGGUGUUCCUUUCUCACAGCAUCCCAACUAGAAAUUAUUUCAACUGUGCCACUCUGCUCUAGAAGGAAUGCAUGCAUCUGAAAUCUCAGAAUCUCUUCCCCUCAGUCAGGGCUAGACUCAGUUUUUCAUCCAAUGAUCUACUCUUCUGUGCUGAAUGUAUGCUUGAGAGAGUAAUUAAAAGAGACUUUUUUGUUUCCUGUUUCAAGUAUGUACAGUGACUUCAUGCAGAUGAUACCCACUCCCAUCCCCUCUUUCAAAGGAUUGACCACAAGCAUAGGAGUACUAGCCUGGAGAGAAAGACCUAGUCAGGACAGCAUUUGGGAAUAGAUUUUGGGUGGCUGUGACUUGUGGUUUACUUGAAGGCACAGUUAGGGCAAUAGUCAUUAUGAUCAUUUAUAAACAAACCAUAUAAUAAGUCCUGGCCCAUAUCAAGUAUGAAAGAAAACGGUAGAAUGGAAAACUACAAAGAUUUAAGUACUCCAGGAUUUUGUUUUACUGUUACAAGCCAGGAAAGAAUAAGAGUGAAAGAGACAAAAUUGACUAAGAUAAGCUGAAUUACUAAUUAUUAAAAUUAUCAAAAUUAUUCAUUGAAUUAUUAAUUAUUAAAAUUAUUCACUAGAAGUCACUGUCUUUCAAAGUUUAAUUAAUAAACAUUUUUGAUAAUAGUGUACUAGAACUCAUUGACCACAGACAAUAAUAUUGUUAGAACAUGAGAAUUCUCUCAUUUUACUCUAAAGAAACUUAAUUCAUCAACCAUUAUUACCUCAUUAUCAAAGUAGAAUCAAUACAACUGCAAUUGUACCCAAAUAACAUUUCAAAUAGCUUCCAGAAAGCUUGAUCAAGAACCAGCAAGAGAAGUACUGGGAAUCUCCCAAGUCUUACUCUAUUUUCAUCUCUAAAUGAUGCCAGAUUGAUUCUAGGAUUUAGUACAACAGUUCUAUGAAGUUUCAGUGCCAGUGUCUGUUUUCCUGAAUGGUAUGAACUUGGAAAAAUCCUUUACUUUCUAUGAAGAUGUAAUUAAUAGAAAAUUGUUUAUGAUCCUCAAGAAGUCAUAAGAAAAUUAUAAAUAUACCUUCAACAGUGUAUUUUAACUUCAAACAUGUAAAUGUAAAUUUGCUCAUUAAUAUUUGCAUGUAAGGCCAAGGACUCUUGGUGGUCAUUAUCAUGUCAUAUAAUCAUUCUUCAAUAGGUAAUCCAUAAUCCAUCAUUUUAACUUUUAGUCUUAGUAUCUUUAAGAGAUAACAGUUUAAAACACUGAGGAAGAAACUUGAGUACAAAUUCUUCCAUGUUUUUAUAAUAUUUGUUUACCAAGAUUAGACUACCUAAUCGUAUUACAGUUUUUGGUGAUUAACUUUUAUUGAGCUCUUCUAAAGAGUACAGUGUAGUUUUUAUACAAGCAAUACAUUCUUUUUUAGUCACAUUUAAUAAAAUUAAUCAAAAUUCAUUCAAUAAUUUGAUACAAAAAAAUACAGCAACCAUAGAUAGAUCUGACAACAAAUACUACUUCUUAGUAAGCCUAUAAUUCAACUGGAAGGAGUAGAAGGAUGUGGCUAUAUUGGAUUAACCUACUAAUCAUGAAUAUUUUAGAGGCACUAGAUGCCAGUUAAUUUUCCAGAGAGAAAAGAGAGCAUUGGUUAAUAUAGGAAUCUGGCCACAUGGAAGUCAGGUAAUAGACAAUUUGGGAUUUGCCUCAUUCAGCUAUUGGUAAAACAAAGCUGUGUAACAAACAAGCAUGAACACCUCAGUAACUUAGAACAGCAAACUUUCAUUUUUUGAUGCUCAGAGGCCUAGGGUUUGGCUGGGGUGGCUCUGCUCUAGGCUGAGAUCACCUGGGCUUGGCUCAUAGCUGUAGGUUGGGUCCAAGUCUGCUCCACAAGUCUACUCUUUUUGGAACUGACAGCUCUCAGGGUUGUUCUUCACAUGACAAAACUUAAGAGCACAUGAGGGCCCACUAAGCCACACCGGCAUAUUUAAACCUCUGCUAACAAGCCUUUGGCUGUUGCAGAUCACAUAGCCAAGCCUGACCUCUGUGGGGUAGCAUAGUUUGCAAACCACGUGGCAAAGAAUGUGGACAUGUAAUGGAUCAUACAGGAGUGCAGAAUUGGGGAAAACAAUCCAUUCUACCACACACAGGCACAAAAUUCAAAAGAUAAAAAGAGGGGAUAUAAUAAAAAUUAAAGUUUCUCUCCUCACUUCUGCUUACACAGUCUUCAAUGACAGCAGGCUCUUACCAAUGUUUUGUGUAUCCUACAAAUUAUACUAUGCAUAUUCAAGUAAAUCCAUGGAUACUCAUUCAAUUUGUUUCACCCAAAUGUACCAUACUAUACACUUUUCUACCUCUUGGUUUGAUCACUUAAUGUAUCUUGAAAAUCAUUCCCUAUCAGCUCAUAUGGAAUGUUAUCAAAAUCUACAUGGAAAUCCAUUAUUAACAGAGAUUAAGGUCAUCAAGAUUUUUGUAAUUACACAGAGUUGUAAAUAUUAUACAAAUAUUGUUUAAGACUUGAUACAAAUAUCAUUUAUACCUACAGGAUAAAUAUCUUUGAACCAGAAUAGUUGGUUCAAAGAGCAUGUAGAAUUUAAAUUUUGGAUGAAAUUACUUUUACUUUGCUAGGUGACAUUAAAUAAUAAGUACAUUUGUCUUUUAUUUAUGUUAAAAGGAAUCUUUGCAUGGGGCUAUCUGCAAGUGUUUGUAAACAAUAAGAUAGACUGGGCAAAAAAUAAAUAAGUGUUAGCCUAUUUGAUAUUUAAA